CAGCUUUAUUUUGUGCGCUGGGUGGUGUCACCAGGCCGCCGAGUGUCUUUGUGCCUGCAAUUCUUCUGGAGGCGAUUGUGCUGAAAAGAAAGGCUGGGUCCGUCGCACAAUUGCCGCACAGGUGAGCAAAAUCAAAGAUCGCCAAUUCUAUUGAUGAGCGGAGUCUAAGAGCGCUGGCGUUGGCGUGCAUGUGUUCAUCAUGCUUUUCCUCCAAGCUGAGAAAAGAGAAAAAAGCGUCUAUUAUAGUUCCUUCACACGCCGCCUCGCAUCCAUCAUGGGCAACGGAAAUUCGUCCUCCGUCACCUCCGGCGCCGCGGCCGCCAGCGUUCCCGUCGGGCAAUCCUGGAACCUGUACGAAAAUGAAGGCGCCUCCGAAGCCGUGAACAUUGUGGAAGCGGAUAUUUCCUACCCGGAAUGGGAGCAGCAAUUGCUCCCGCCCGCGCUCCGCUCAAAAAACGGCGGCGUGCAGGACAGCUACCCCGGGAUUCUGAACAACAACGAUUGCAUCAAGAUUCCGGCCCUGCUCCCGGUGGACUAUUGCGUGACCCCCCAGACCUGCACACUGUAUCUCCGCGCGCCGGAAGUGCGGAACACCGCAGCCACGGGAGCCGCAAGUUUGGAGCUGAAGCUGAACGAGCGGAUACGGUUCGACAAACUGGAGUCAGAGCUCCUCAACUACUUCAACGGGCUCUUCUCGCUUGGCUACAAGCAGCUCGAGUUCAAGGUGAUCCGCCCCUUCGCGGAAAUUUCCUACGUUUCCCCCGGCGCCGCCACCGGGGGCUUCGAAGACAUCCUGCCGAAGGGGAACCUCGGCGAGUCCCAGUCCGCCAUCCAGAAUUCCGCCUUCUACCAUUUCCCGAAGCAAAAGGACUGCGUGAAGGUCCUCUACUGGGCCAUGGCGAUCGAGGGGGAGGUAUCGGAAGUCGUCGACGAACUGUCGGCGUUCAAGAAGCAAAUUCAGGAGGGCAAGCAGACGCCGGACGCGAUUUACCGCCAGAUGAAGCGAAAGAAGUGGCCGCAGUACAAAAUCCAGUCUUUGAUCGACUUCGUUGCGGAGUGGGAAGCCAACAAGGCGAAGCGGGGCCGCCGAGCGUUGCAAGCGCUGGAUUUGAAUUGGACGUACGGGCGUCUGCACGAGAGGAUCCGGGCGAAACAAGGGGGCUCAGGAGCGCACAGUUCUUCGGACGGAGGCAAGAUCAAAUACAUCCGCCGAAACCAGCCGGGCCUGUCCGGUGUGUUCGCGAUCCGGGAGAUGUACUACCAUUUGUUGAAGGAUCACGAGCUGCAGAAAUACCGGGACAACGAGGACCUGCAGGUGUUGCACGCGGGGAAGAAGGGCCAAACCUCCACCGCGUACAUCGACAACGCGGAAAAGCCGCCAGAUAUCCCACACACCGGGGUCCAAAACGAUCAACUGUUGCCGUUCAUCACCGUGGAAAAGGCGGAAAACGAAAACGUGAAGGAUUUCCUCCGGUCCGCGAACAUCUCGUUGCUUCGCGACCGCCCCGGCCGGAUGGUGCGGUGUCUGAAAAUCGCGUCAGACCUGCUGUCUCGCUCCAUUCGGCUGGACGACACGAUGACGCAGAAAAUUUUCUUCAGUUUGGAAACGGAUCUCCGCGAGUUAUUCGUGAUUGGCGCCAAGCAGCGGUUACGCGAUUUGUAUUUAUUGUACGACAAGGGACACCUGGACCGGACGGAGUUUGGCCACAAAGUGGAGCAAAUGUCCUUACAAAUCUCCGACUUCAUCGACUCGGUGGUCUUACCCUGUCUGUCCUACCGCGAUUGCACAAUUGAGAUCCAAACGAGAGAGGAUUUAGCGCUAUUGACGAAACACCUCGACAGCCGGUGCUUCGUCACGGAAAACUUCAAUAUGAGAGUGCACGUGACUUCCUCUAUUCGUGAUUUGUAAUUGUAUCGCAUCUUCGACAGGAGUAUUAGGAGCAAGGAAGAACAGCAAUACUAUCCACAGCUUCCGGGGGCUGGAGUGGAAAUUUCGCUUUGACAUCAAACAAGGAAUAGACCGAGUUGUGCACUCGCAUACCCAAUUUUUACGAGGACCAGUUCCAGAAGGGAGAUUUUGUGAAGCAGGCCGGAAACCAGAAGAACGCCACCAUGCAAGCUGCGGGGGUAAUCACCGCGGAAUAUGACACUGCACAACUCCCCCUCCCCCUCAUUUGUGUUGCAUGAACAGCAACGCAAGCGCUGGCAAAGAUGCAGCUUUUGCAUGAGAAAUUUCUGGGCAAAUGUAGUGCUGUUUUGGCUUUCGGAAUCUGUCAUGCAAAGAGUGCUAACAGGAGGCAGAAGGGAGAUUUGGGAUUUUGCAUGACAAAUGAGGGAGAGGGGGAGUUGUGCACUGUCAUACGGAAAUGAUGCAAGACAUAACCGUCCGGGAACUGCGGCAAAACGCGCACGGAUCCGGCAGUGGGGGUGCGAACGGAGGUCCGCAAGGGCCCGCGGCUGGGGGCCCGACCGGGACAACAGGUGCAUCAGCCGCGGGGACGACGAUUGCCUCGAAGACGGAGUUGCUCAAGCAGGUCAUGAACCCGUCCGCCGCGGGGGGCGGUUCGCAGAAGAACGACAAGCCCACAAUCGCGGCCGGGAGUUUUAUGCUGCUGGAAAACUUGUCGGCAAGAACGCCGGUCCCCUGUGAGGUACAGAUGACGCGGAAUACCGUUUUGGAAAACUUGGAGCUGAUCGCGAAGUGGGUCUGCUGGAAGGCCGAUUGGUACCGCUACAUGUGCGUGAUGGCGAUGCACCACUCCUUGCGGACAAUCCAGCAAAACAGCAUUCUGUCCCGGCACUGCUACACGGAGUCGAUUCGCCUGGCGAAAAUCUUCAUCCAGCACCAGUUCUCGGUCACGUCGAGUUUGAGCAAUAGCGAAGCGGCCGGCGGGGGCAUGAAUCGGGACAGCAACCCGGUCACCAUCUCCUCGCAACACAUCUCUUACGAACUGCUGGUCUCGCACCUGAAUUUUUCCUGCUACUACGCCAGUGUGGAGCGGAACUACGAGAAAGCGAAGGAGGUGUGCGACCACGCGGUGUCCAUCGUGGAACGGGCGGAGCACUCGGACGACGCCGAGCUGCGGCUGCCGAAGAUGAAAAUCCUGGUGCAGAACUUGUUUCGCCUGCAAAGGACUUUAUACAGUCAGAUGGUGGUCAUGAGCGUGACGAUUCACGACUGGGAUGUGCUCACGCUGCUGAACGAAUCUAGUGAGAGCCAGGGUACGGGAUCAGAGACGAGAGGAGUCAUCUGGCUGCAGAAUUUUCCUCAUGCGUUUAUUUCUCAGGUUCACUCUAUGUCUAGGUUGCGAGCAAAAAAAAAAUGCAGAAAAUAUUAAAUUGAAGGGCACGACCAAACUACAACGCUACAACUUUGCACUGAGCAAUCCAUCGGGCUGGCUUGUUACAAGGUCGUGCCUCAUAACAAGUAAACGGUCUGAAUCUGAUCUUUCCCCGCAACGACAAAGCCCGUGACUCCUGUUAGUUCUGCUUCCAUAAAAGCAGCGGGCAAGGGAGGUCAAGCCGCAAACGCAGAGGCGGAGGAAGACGAGGACGAGGUACAAUUUGGACUGUUUUCUUCUUUGUCUCGUGUCAUUUUUUUUCAAAUUCUCUGCGUUGCUAAAUUUGCUCAGUUCGUUGACUAAGCUUCUACUGUCAACCAGCCUAUCAUCCAAACGGACGUCGGCGCUGCUGCUGUCGGCCGCGCAGUCAACCAGCAGAAGGACCUGGGCGCGGAAGCUGCGGCCGAUAUCAUCCGCAAUCCAGUAGUCGAAGACGCAUUGGAAGACAACAAAAAGGCCGGCGGCAGCUUGUGGAAGCAGUAUUCGGAUAUGUGUUGCGGAUUUGGUGGCUACGAGCCGGGGAAGGGAAUGACGCCAAGAAUACCGGCGAGUUACGGCCCGGACGACGCUGUGUAUACUACAUGCUCGUUUGUUCAUGUUUCCGCAAGGUGCAGCACUGGUGCCGGAGCGUCACCUUAGCUUCUUGAUGGUGAUUCGUAUUCAUAGAUCCUCAUGAGGAAAAAAAGCCGAAUGAAGCGUCGGACAAUGUGUUUGAGUAACUCACAAAGAUCAACAGCAACACCGCCCGUCGCGAGUUCACGCGGUACGACGCGAAAUUUGUCGCCUCUGCGCUCGGGAGCUCGGUGCACGAGAAAAAGGACACCUUUCGAACACCGUGCCGGCUGAAAAUCGUGGUGCGCUUGUUGAUAUGGAUUGCAAAAAUGUCUGGGUCUGGAAGAAUAGAAACUUGUCAUGCAAAAUUUCGAUGCCCCAAGCGGUCUGGAAUGCAGGACCUAGCAUGACAGAUUUUGCGAGGUCUUUAUCAUGCCUAUCCUGCAUGAGAAAGUGCGUCUCGUGUUGGUUAAAAGAGCGCGACUUUUGGCGAUCACGCAAGACAGAUUUUUGCAUGAUCCAGACUUAGCAUGACAAGUUGGAUUUCUUCGAAACCCAGACAUUUUUACAUUUGAUAGUUAAUGUGGAUCAUUCGGAGGCGGCACCGGUACGCGGUGAAACGGUGGUUCCGCGAAAAGCGGAUGGUCGACAUGGGCAAGGAUUUGGGGCUGUUUUGGCUCGACCACUUGGACCGCGACGAGAAUUUUCCCGGUAGGCGCUACUUUCUCGCCUGCCGGUUCAACCCGAUGCUCCUUACAAGCACCACGCUGGGGGAAAUCGACCCGAACCCGAACUCGGUCGCGAACCUGAAGCUGAAAAACCGGUCGCGCGAGAAGGAAGCGGUGGAGUUGCACCGGAUGAAGACGGAGGAGCCGUUUUCCUGGAUUGCCACUGCCGUGUUGGAGAGGAACCCCAAAGCGACGAACGACAAUCCCAACCCGACCCUGGUGAUCGGAAAGGCCGAAGUGCUGGGCAACGUGCCCUUCGCGGAGGUGCACCAGGAUUUCCGAGGCCUAGACGGCGAUCGCAUGGAGCCGCUGGACCGGUUCUUCAGCAUUCCGCGCUUUCUAGACCAGUACUGCCGCGCUUGGUCGUUCAUCUCCGGCCGGAAAAUCAAGCAGGUCGAGGGUCUGGGGAAGAACCUCCGGAAUCUAUCCGUCCGUCGGCACCCCAUUCGCGCGCUGCAGAGUGGGCCGCUGUGAAUGAAUGUAGAUCCGCUGCGUCGGGUUGUGCGGAUGAUGUGAUCAUGUCCUGGCUGGAUUGUUUCGCUGGUUGGGAACUGUUCUUGUGCCCGGGGUAGUUCAGGGAACAAUGAGAAGUAGGUGGAAAGAAAGAGACCUUUUGUUUCGCACUCUGAUGUCAAGUUUCUACGAAGUAGCACGGUGACAAGAAUUUUUUCGGUGAGGGAUUAUUUUCCGCACCAUCCAGGAGAUUCCUUUAUUCUGUUUGCGGGGGUUUCGGUUUCAGUCGUUCCACGAUGGCGGCUGCGGCCACACCUGCUCUCACGGUGUGGAGGCUAAGCUUGCUUUAAUAAGUACCAUAUUCCGGGAGUGUAUUUAAAUCUUGCUCUAUGUUGCAUGGUGGAAAAAGGAGAAGUCAUGAGCAGCUCAGUUUGGUGCUGGAGAGGAUGCUAACUGACGUUGAGGGAAGGCAUGCGCUAAUCGACAAGAGCGGAAAGUAGACACCAAUCACGCAAGCUUCGGCCUUAAAUCCUACGACGACUCACAUAGAAAGUUGUAGAGUAAUUAUGGCAAAUAAGGAAC